AUGGCGAAACGGGUCAGAGAGGGGACAAGCGGCGUCCAGGUGCCGCAGCAGGGAAAGCUCGAGAGCUCCGCCCCGCCACCGUCGGCAAAGCGCUGCAGGGCGGCGCCGGAGGCCAGCGGCGAGUGGGCCGUCGGCCAGUGCCCGGCGGGUUUGCCGAGGUGGAGACAACUGUGGGAGGGGAGGGGGGGAGGGAUGGCGGUCGAUUACGAGGAGCUUCUAUGGGGCUGGUUCCCCUUCGUCGACGAGGACUUCUCGUGCGAAGGGGAGGAGGGGUGGCUCUGCAUCUGGGGCUACGACGAACAGAGGCAUGCUCUCUGCGAAUAA